AUGGAAGCGAAAGAUCGUCACAAUAAAGGGGGCAAUGGUGAUACGAUGAACUCGAACUCAAACAUCACAACAGAUACAAAACGGGAAAAUACCAAAUUUGUGUACUUCCUGUCAUGCUUCGCGACUAUUGGAGGUCUGAUAUUUGGAUACGACACAGGAAUCGUGUCCGGUGCCAUGCUGCUAAUAAAACCUUUCUUCGACUUGAACACAAUAUGGACAGAGAUAAUAGUUAGUGGCACCAUCGGUGCGGCCGCGCUGUUUUCUCUUGUAGCUGGUUUCACCACGGAUUUCUUUGGCCGAAAGAAAACCAUCAUGGCUGCCAGUUUUGUGUUUACGGGAGGAGCUAUUCUCAUGGCACUUUCACCAUCCAAAGAGAUAUUGCUGGUGGGCAGGAUAAUUGUGGGAAUGGGCAUAGGAUUUGCCUCCAUGACAGUUCCAAUGUAUGUAGCGGAAGUUGCGCCAGCUCAGAUCAGAGGUCGUCUGGUGACCUUGAAUCAGCUUUUCAUCACCAUUGGUAUCGUCAUCUCGGCACUCAUUGCUGGGGGAUUCAGUGAAAUGAAACCAGACGGCUGGAGGUAUAUGCUUGGGUUAGCAGGCGCACCUUCACUGAUCCAGUUCUGUGGAUUUUUCUUCCUCCCAGAAAGUCCUCGUUGGCUUGUGAGCAAGGGACGAGAUGUCGAGGCGCGUACUGUGCUCGUGAAGAUACGUGGAACCGAUGACGUCACGAGAGAACUCGACGACAUAAGAACAGUCAUAAAUCGUGAUAAGCAAUUAGAUCAGGGUAACAAAGUUAAAGAAGUAGCAAGUUUGUGUGGUACUCCACACGUGAUGAAGGCGCUCUUCGUUGGGGCAGGACUGCAGCUCUUUCAGCAGCUCUGUGGGAUAAACACUGUCAUUUACUACAGCGCUUCUAUUAUCAAAAUGUCGGGAUUUCCGGUUGAAUAUGCAAUCUGGCUGGUUAUGGUUCCAAACACGGUCAACUUUCUUUCAACGUUCAUUGGUCUUUGGGCCGUAGAAAAAUUCGGUCGUAAACGGUUGACCGUGAUUAGUUUUUCAGGUGUGAUUAUGUCCCUUGCCGUUUUAGCAAUCGGUUUUCAGCUGUCUGCGAUAUAUUCUCCUGAAAUUAAUCGUAAUAUCACGGAAACCUACGACGGAAAUGGAACGGUCAUCACCGAUAGUUGCUACGUCAAAUAUACCGUCUGCAGUGACUGCAUCAAAGACAGUCGCUGCGGCUUCUGUUACGACGACAUUGCCAAUGGAACGUGUCUACAGGCGCAACCUAGCCACAAAGAGGAACGAGCACAAUAUGGCCGCUGCAACGCAACUAACGUUUCCACUACCGGCAUGCACUGGGCCCAAGGGUACUGUCCAACAGACUAUUCCUGGAUGGCUAUUCUAGGGCUGGUUCUGUUUGUCAUUAGUUUUGCACCAGGUUUGGGACCAAUGCCAUGGACCAUAAACUCUGAAAUCUACCCUUUGUGGGCGCGUGGGACGUGCAUUGCCAUGGCAACUGCUGUUAACUGGAUUUUUAACCUUAUAGUGUCCUUCAGUUUUCUCACAUUGACAGAAACAAUCACAACAUACGGUACGUUUUGGCUGUUCGCAUGCAUUUGUUUAGUUGGGAUGAUCUUCACGUUGAUCUUCGUGCCCGAGACGAAGAACAAGACUCUGGAGGAAGUCCAGUUACUGUUCAUGACAAAGACAGCCCGCGAGAGUCGGCAGGGACUCAGUGUGUACGAUGUGGAGGUAGACAAUGUCGUUCACGACCAUGUGGCUCACAGUGAUGUCCACAAGUCGGAAGAUACCAGAAUGUAA